CACUCUGAAAGUCUUACAACGUGAGCAAACAACAACAAAAUUACAUGUUUAAUUACAAUAAUCACAAACAAAAUUUACCAGUUUAGUGCUAUAAUCUUUGUAUAUAUUUAUUUAUUCGCGCACAAACACUGAAAACAAGUGAAGCAACAUGAGUAUGAGCGACGACGACCGCGACAUAGACAUCGAAAGUGACGAGGAUGGGGAUUCGGACAAUGGUUUGGGAUCCUCGCGACACACGAGCACCGCCAAUUUCACCCAGGCCGAAAAGCGGGCGCACCACAACGCUUUGGAGCGUAGGCGGCGUGAUCACAUCAAGGAGAGCUUCACCAACCUGCGGGAGGCGGUGCCCACACUCAAGGGCGAGAAGGCGAGUCGAGCUCAAAUCCUGAAAAAGACCACCGAAUGCAUACAGACGAUGAGGCGGAAGAUCAGUGAAAACCAGAAGGACAUCGAAGAAAUCAGGAAACAAAACAACAUACUAGCCAAGCAAAUUCGAGCGCUGGAGAGUCAAAAUGGGGAUCAGUUCACUGAAUUUCUCAGCGAGGAGGAAGUGGGCAGCGAGGAUGCCGAAGACGAUGACCUCGACCAGGACUUCAGUAGACGCAAUAAAAAGAUGAAGACCUUCCACGCAUAGCCGCUGGUGCAGCCCAAAGUGCUGUUUGAAGGCGUGUGCCGGGUUUUGUUUUCACCGACAUUCUGAAUUCCUUCGUGGAAUAAGUUCAACUUUGAGUUGUGUUUUACAAAAGCAAUAGCCCUCGAAAAGUUGUGAAGGAAACGGUUCCAAAUUCGAGUUAAUACAACUUCAAUUAUAAUAUGUGGAAAUGAAAACAGUAAGAAGUCCAAUAAUCAUAUUCAUCUUUAGCUGUAAGCUUAUAAUGUAACCCACCCAAUCGACCUUAAUUUGUAUGCGUGUGUCUUUUGUACUUUCAACCAAUUAUCAAUCUCUGCGCAAAAAAUAAAGUAAGUACAUAUUUUA